AUGGGAGGCUUUGCUCGGCGAUCGGAUGUCCCGGCGCGACCGCCGGGACAUCGAAACAAGGAAACACCUUUGAACGACGGAACCGACAUAGAGAUUGCGCAGGGGGACGACGACUUCAUUCGUUUUCAGGCUGUGAAGAAGAGCUACCCCGGCGGGGUCGAUGUGAUUGCCAAUCUCGACCUUUCCGUAAGGAAGGGUGAGUUCAUGACGCUUCUGGGUCCGUCUGGCUCGGGAAAAUCAACCCUUCUGAUGAUGCUGGCGGGUUUCGAAAAGCCGACGGCCGGCACGAUCGUGGUGGGUGGCCGGGAUUUCACGCAUAUGCCCCCGAACAAGCGCAACAUCGGCGUGGUCUUCCAGGAUUAUGCCCUGUUCCCGCACAUGACAGUUGCCGAAAACGUGGGAUACGCGCUCCGCGCCCGCCGGGUUCCGCGCGAUCAGCAGGUCGAGAAGGUGAAUGCGGCGCUGUCUCUCGUCAGGCUGGAGGGUUAUGGCCAUCGCCGGCCCUCCGAGCUCUCCGGAGGUCAGCGCCAGCGGGUCGCCUUGGCGCGGGCUCUGGUCUUCGAUCCCGACCUCGUUCUGAUGGAUGAACCGUUGAGCGCGCUUGACCGGCAGUUGCGCGAUCACAUGCAAAUCGAGCUCAAGCGGCUGCACGAGAAGCUGGGCCUCACGGUGCUGUUCGUCACCCACGAUCAGGCCGAAGCGCUGACCAUGUCGGAUCGCGUCGUUGUUCUCAACGACGGUGCGAUAGAGCAGGUCGGCAAGCCCGAGGACGUUUAUCACCGCUCCGGUAGCUUCUUCGUCGCGACCUUUAUCGGCGAGACGAACGUCAUCGAGGCGACGCUCGACGAGAUCGCGGAGGGCAAGGGCAGCGUUCGUCUUCCGAAUGGCGUCCGGCUGACAUGUCAGGUGAGUGGCGGGAUGGUUCCGGGGCAGGGAGUCAAGCUUCUGGUCCGCCCCGAGCAUGUCUGCGUCGAGGCGCGACAGAGUUCCACCGAAACAGGGCAUUUCGACACUCUGCCCGGGCGCGUCGAGGAGCGGAUUUUCUACGGCGAUCACCUUCGACUGACCAUCGCGACGAGCGGUGGCGGCUCGCUCGUGGCGAAGAUCGAACAGCACGCAACCGAUCAGAAAUACGAAAUCGGCGCCGACGUCGGAAUCCGGUUUCUCCCCGAUUACGUGAGGGCCUACCCGCUUGAAGAGGCCGCAACCUGA